AGAUUAUAUAUGCUCUCUCCAGAAAAGGAUUUCAUUCUCUAUAAUACCUAAAAACCUCCAAACAUGUAAGUUCCAAGUUUUAUGACUACUGCUUCAUCAUUCAGAAAUCAAAAGUUAUCUAGCUUAAGGAACAAAAGUUGUGCCACUGCAGUCCCAGAUGUAGUAUUUCCAAUAUAUAAAUAGAAGAAAUAAAUAUCUACCAUAGAUUAUUAAAUUUGUGAUAAAAGUGAACCUAUCAAUCUUAAGAAUGCUUGUUAUCCUAAAUUCAAAUCAGAAUAAAGUGAAAUAUCUCAAAUUGCCAAAUCAUAAAUUAGUAUGAUCAUUACAGCACCAAAAAUAAUAUAAUUCAUUGAUUUCUGCAAUAAAAAAAUCUUAGAUGAUGAACUCAAAAAAAGGAAAAUAAGUUAAGACCAAACUCAUAAAGACUUCAAGAAAAAGAUUAAUAAUUAUCAUGAUAAUAAGAAGUCUAUAAGAUUUGUUUAAAAACAUACACGCAGCAAUUUCACACUUCCUUAAAUGAACUUUCAUGAAAAAUCAGAAACUUAAACCAUCUCAGACAAAAUCAAUCAAAAUAAGAUAGAUACAACAUCAUUUAAUGAUUCUCCAGCACCAAAAUUAAUAUAAAAGUAACCUAAUUUUUAAGCUUACACAACUAAAUAACCUAUUAGAAGUUUUGAUAUGUUAUUUAAUGUAAAACAUCUAGUGAGAUUAUAAGAAAAAAGAUAAAAAGAAUUUGAAGAAACUCAAUAAAAUGAUCCAGAAUUUUAAUUAGAAAUGAUAAAGAGAUAAAAUUAAAUUUAAGUUUUAAUGUCGAAUACGAAGAAACUUGAAUAACUAAAAAAAGCAUCAAAAGGAGUAAUAAAUAUUUUUAACACCUAUAGAUUCUAUCUCACAUAAACGAAUAAGAUCAUUAAGCUGAAUAAAUAUUUUAGGAUUUCAAAUAUAAAUUGGAUCUAAAAUGA